ACGAAUAUAACCUCAAAAUAAUUUUCAUAGAAAUAGAUUCGUUCUUGGUUAUAAAAUAGACGGAAAAGUACAAUUUCGCAAUGGAAAUUCAGUCUUUAUCGUCAGGUGUACAAAGUCACAAUAAUUCCGCUUUGUUCGCCUGUACUGAGACAAUUCCUUCACUCGAGUGUCCCCGCUGUCCCAGUUUUCAGACAGAGCUUCUCACCCACCUGCUACGCCACUUCAAAUCCAAUCACGCCUAUAGAAUUAUCAGAAUUAAAAAACUGCCUUACAGAUGUCGAAUGUGUGACUUUAGUUCACACUCCAGAUAUCUCUUAAUACGACACUGUUUACUCGAAAGUGAAGUGCAAAAGUGUCAACUUUGUGACUACAAGUCCAAAUAUAAAAGUCUCCUGUCUUUGCAUAUUUUCACCAACCAUGUUAAAUUAGUCCACCGAAAAAAAAAAUCUCGAAGUAAGAAAGUGCGACAAGUGCAGUGUGACCACUGUCCGUACAGAGUAAGGUGGAAAGCUGAGUUAAAAUAUCACAUUCUGGCUAAACACACCCCAGCCAACGAAAUCAAGUGGAUUUAUUGCAACCAGUGUUCAUCUAAAUUCAAACUACAGAAAUGUCUGCAACAACACGUGUCUAACAUGCACUUACGUGAAAUUGCGUGGUCUCGUUGUGACUAUUGUGCCUAUAAAUGCAAAAGGAAGACUGAGUUAAAAAGGCACAUUUUGAGAAGACAUACUUCUGAAAAUGGGGUACUUAUGCAUGAGUGUGAUAAGUGUUUGUUUAGGACUAAAGACAAAACUAGUUUGAACAGACAUAUCGCAUUGAAGCACGGACUACAAAUAAAAAAUUUGCCCUGUGCGCAAAUCAGUCAAGUUAUGAAAAUCGAAAACACUGCCACUUUAUUCACCUGCACUGAAGAAAUUCCUUCGUAUGAGUGUCUCAAAUGUCCCGAUUUUCACACCGAUUUUCUAACCCACUUGUUACACCACUCUAAAUUCAAUCACAACGAUCGGACUUUAAAAAAUCCCGCCCACAAAUGCCCACGGUGUGCCUUCACGUCAUAUUCCCGAUAUUUAUUGAUAAAGCACUGUUUAGUGGAAAACGCGAGACAGGAAUGCCAACUGUGCAGCUACAAAUCGAACGAAAUAAACCUACUAGCGUUCCACAUUUUCGCCAACCAUUUAAAUCUGUCGUACUCGAAACGAUAUCAAAAUAAUAACAUCCGUCGAGUACAGUGUGAAUUCUGUUCGUAUAAAGUUCGCUGGAAAGCCGAACUUAAACCUCACAUUCUUGCCAAACACACCCCGAUCACCGAAAUCGCGUGGAUUCACUGUGACCAGUGUACUUCUAAAUUCAAAUCAAAGAAAUGUUUACGCCAACAUGUACACAAUAAACACGGAAAUAAUAAAGAUAGUAAAGAUGCGACGUGCCGGCAAUGCGAAUUUUGUCCCUAUAGGUGUAAACGGAAGGACGAACUGAAGGUUCACGUCCUCAGGAGACACACAUCUGAAAGUGAGAUACUUUGGUACGGGUGUGAAAAGUGUUCAUUUCGUACUAAAGAAAAGAAACGGUUGAGUGAACACAGUGCGAAAAAGCACGGACUGGAUGCCAAAAAAUUCAUGUGCGAGUAUUGUGGGCAUAGGGCGAUGUGGAAUUACGAAAUACGGAGUCACGUGGCGUCGAAACAUUUAUCGAAAGAGGAAAUUAAAUGGUUUAUGUGCGAACAGUGUCCUUACAAAUGUAAGACGAAGAAAGGGUUGUGGAUGCACGUGGCGGUUAAACACGACCGGAGUGGGAGGCGAGGGGUGAAAAUGAAAUAAAU